AUGGCGGCCGCCGGCGGGGAGCGCGGCCGAGCGGCGCCGGGAGGGGAGAGGCUGCCCGGGGCCGGCAGGGAGCGGCAGGAGGAGGAGGAGGAGGAGGAAGGCGAGGAGGAGAAUAUUCUGUACGACCUGCUGGUUAACACCGAGUGGCCUCCCGAGACCGAGGUGCAGCCAAGAGGCAACAGGAAACAUGGUGCAUCGUUUAUCAUCACUAGAGCAAUUACAGGUCCUGCAUUGUUUUUGCUUCGGUACAUCUGGUGCAGCCCUGCAAAAUUUUCUCUGCCCUCUGGCCUGGUUCGUCUAGUUAAUAAGCAGAUCAACUGGCAUCUAGUACUUGCAAGCAAUGGCAAAUUGUUGGCAGUUGUUCAAGACCAAUGUGUGGAAAUCAGGUCUGCAAAAGAUGACUUUGGAUCCAUAGUUGGGAAAUGUCAAGUGCCAAAGGAUCCUAACCCCCAGUGGAGGCGAGUGGCAUGGAGUCAUGAUUGCACCUUACUGGCUUAUGCUGAAAGCAGUGGAACAGUGAGAGUGUUUGACCUGAUGGGGAGUGAGCUCUUGGUCAUCUCACCGACAGCGACUUUUCCAGGAGAUCUGAGUUAUGCUAUUGCUGGACUGAUCUUUCUAGAAUACAAAGCAAGUGCCCAGUGGUCAGCUGAACUGCUUGUUGUUAAUUACCGUGGAGAACUGAGAAGUUACCUUGUAAGUGUUGGAACAAAUCAAAGCUUUCAAGAAAGUCACAGUUUCAGCUUUAGCAGCCAUUAUGCCCAUGGAAUAACUACUGUCAUUUAUCAUCCUGGUCACAGGCUUCUGCUUGUGGGAGGCUGUGAAACAGAUGAAGAUGGAGUAUCUAAAGCUACUGGUUGUGGGAUAUCUGCUUGGAGAGUUCUGUCAGGCUCUCCCCAUUAUAAACAGGUCACUAGUUAUGAAGAUGACAUCAGAACAGCACAGAGAAGAGCAUUAUUAAGGAUUAUGAAUUUAAGACUUUACAGCAGACGGGGAACAGAACAGGAUGGAGUUUUCAAGAUGAAUCUUUCUCCUGAUGGAGCUCUUCUGGCAGCUAUUCAUUUCUCAGGAAAACUGACAAUCUGGUCUGUUCCAUCUCUCAGACAACAAGGAGAAUGGGAACAAAGUGAUCAGCCAGGUUAUGAUGACAUCAACCCAGACUGGAGGAUUUCUAGUGAAAAAAGAAAGAAAAUAAAAGAUAAAGAAUCCUAUUACCCACUGAUAGAUGUAAAUUGGUGGGCAGAUAAUUCUGUCAUCCUGGCUCGCUGCUCUGGUGCAUUGACUGUGUCAUCAGUCAAGACGUUAAGAAACCUGCUGGGAAAGUCCUGUGAGUGGUUUGAGAGUUCUCCUCAGGUCACUUCAGCUCAUGAUGGAGGAUUUCUGAGCCUGGAGUGUGAGAUAAAACUCGUCCCAAAAAGAUUACGCUUGGAGAGCAGGCCUGGUGAUGAAGAUGAAGGCGAAGAUGACUCUGACUCAGAUGAUGAAACUUCUGCCAAGGACAGGUACUUCAGCUACCUAAAGCAAGGCCUUUACUUUGUGACAGAAAUGGAGCGAUUCGCUCCCCCACGGAAGCGGCCACGUACCAUUUCCAAGAACUUCCGCCUUGUCAGUUUGAGAUCCACGACUCCAGAGGAGCUGUACCAGAGAAAGAUUGAUAAUGAAGACUAUGGGGAAGCUUUGUUUUUGGCUCAAGCUUAUGGCCUCGAUUCUGAUCUUGUGUAUCAAAGACAGUGGAGGAAGUCAGCUGUUAAUGUUGCUUCAAUUCAAGACUACUUGAGCAAAAUUAGGAAGCGUGCAUGGGUUCUUCAUGAGUGCUUGGAAAGAGUUCCAGAGAAUGUGGAUGCUGCCAAGAAGCUGCUUCAGUAUGGCUUGAAAGGCACAGACUUGGAGGCUCUUGUGGCCAUAGGAAAAGGAGAAGAUGGUGGCAGAUUUAUUUUACCAGGGGAGGUGGACAUUGAAAUUCCCUAUGAAGACUUUUUGUCAUCAGAUGAAGAAACGGAUACUAGAAAGGAAAAAGAGGCCAAGAAGCAUCAAGAACUGCUACUAUCAGUAAACUUCUCAAAGCUGACCCUGGAACAGAAGGAACUGUGCCGCAGCAGGCUGAAGCUCCUAACCUACCUUGACCGCCUUGGAACCUAUGAGGAAAUCCUUGGAGGGCGUCCUGCAGCUGAACAGCACUACGAUGGCGAAUUCUUCAAGAAGUUCAGAAGUCAGAACAUUGUACUUUCAGCAAGAACUUAUGCCCGGGAAAGCAAUGUCAGAGCCCUGGAAAUCUUGUUCACUUUCCAUGGAUCAGCUUUACUUCCACACAGACAGGCGAUUCUCUCCAAUUUUCCAGAGACUACUUCACCACAUGAAUAUGCUUUCUUGUUGCCUGAAGCCUGUUACAAGCAGGGGACGCUAAAAAUCAUUCCUUGGAAUGAGCGGAAACAUCGUGAAGAGGACUGGUGUGAAAAAGCUGAAUGCAGGAUGAUUGUUGAACCAACUUUACAAGAUGAGGGUGAAUUCCUGUAUGAAGCACAGCCUGAGUUACUGAAGUACAGGACUACUGACCUCUCAGUAGAUCUUGUUACUGACUGGUAUUUGAGCAGAGCACAGGAAAUUGAAAAAUAUGCAAUGCAGGUGGACUGUGCUCUGUCCCUUGUUCGUCUGGGCAUGGAGAGGAACAUUCCUGGUCUGCAGAUGCUUUGUGACAAUCUGAUCACUCUAGAGACAUUGGUUUAUGAGACGGAUGCUGAUAGAACCUUAACUUUGAAGGAACUUCUAGAGAUGAAGGACAUUGAAAAGCUGAGACUGUUGAUGAAGAAUUCCUCUGAUAAAAAAUAUGUGAAGAAUGUUUAUCAGUGGAUGAUCCCGUUUCUCCACCGCUGUGAAAAUCAUUCCCCUGGUCUGGCAAAUGCACUUCUUAAAGAAUACUUAGUGACAUUAGCAAAGGAAGACCUGACUUUACCUCUGAAGAUAUUCCAGAAUUCAACACCUGCUUGUCAGCAAAAAAUCAUCCCUGAUCAAGACCAGCUGAUGGGCACAGCCCUGGAGUGUAUUUACAGCUGUGAGCGGGAUGACCAGCUGGCUCUCUGUUAUGAUAUUCUGGAAUGUCUCCCCCAAAGAGGAUAUGGGCCGGAAACAGAUAGAACUAACGCCCUUCAUGACGAAGUAGAUGAACUGGAAAAAAUUCUUAGCGUGGCGGAGCUGUUGGAGAAGCACGGACUUCAGAAGCCGGUUUCCUUUGUCAAAGACACGAAGGACGACGCUGAGGAGGCCCGGAAGCUGAUGGUUAGGCUAACGAGGCACACGGGGCGCAAGCAACCACCAGUCAGUGAGACCCAGUGGAAGGAAUUGCUGCAGGACAUGUUAGACAUGCAGCAGAAAGUAUAUACAUGCUUACAUUCAGAUACUUGCUACGAGAUAUUCACAGAAAGCCUGUUAUGCUCCAGCAGUAUAGACAAUAUCCACCUGGCUGGGGAAAUGAUGCAUUGCAGCACGUGUGCAGGGGACCUACCAAGUUCAUCCAAAGGAAAGCCAGAGUACAGAGUCAGCUAUGCCAAAAGUGUUGAGCUGGUUUUGGCUGCUGGCAGAGAGUAUUUCAACUCCUCGACCAGUCUGACCGACAGCUGUAUGGAUCUGGCCAGGUGCUGUCUCCAGCUGAUUGUAGACUCUCCAAGUGCUGUUCAGGAGGAGCUUGAUCUCAUUCGUGCUCUCAGCUACCUUGAAGAGUUUGGUGUGAAAGUGCUACCAUUACAAGUGCGUUUGUGUUCAGACCGACUGAGUCUCAUCCAGGACUGUCUUGCUCAGACGUCGACAAACUAUAAACAGCCUGCUAAGCUCCUGGGACUUGCAAAUUUGCUGAGGGUAGCAGGAGAUGACCCAAUGGAGAGAAAAGGUCAAGUUUUAAUCCUUUUAGUGGAACAAGCUCUCAAUUUCCAGGACUACAAAGCAGCUAGUAUGCAUUGCCAGGAGCUCAUGGCCACAGGAUAUUCUAAAAGCUGGGAGGUGUGCAGCCAGCUGGGGCAGUCAGAAGGCUACCACGAUCUGGGGAUGCGUCAGGAGCUCGUGGCCUUUGCCCUGACCCACUGUCCCCCCGGGGCCAUCGAGGCCUUGCUGGGCGUGAGCAGUUCCUUGCAAACCCAGAUUCUUUAUCAGGCUGUGAAUUACCAGUUUCUUCGUUCAGAUGGUGGUGAGAAUAUCUCAGGACCUUCCUCCCUCAUCAGUAAGGAUACAGAGGAUGAAACCAGCGUCUCCUCCUCUAGCCAGUCUGCUGAUCUGUUGUACUGGACGACAUCCAAAACCAUGGAGGUGUUGUCUAACACAACUCUGACUACAAAGGCCGUGCUGCAUGCUGUCAGUGAUGGGCAGUGGUGGAAGAGAUCAUUAACUUACCUUCGGCCGUUGCAUGGCCAAGAAGUUGGAUACCUAUCAAAAAGUGGGCCUGGAGAAAAUGCCACUGUGGAAAAGCAAGGCUGUCAUCCCUUUUAUGAGUCUCUGAUUCCUAAUCCAUAUGUUGCAGAAUCUGAAGUCAGCUAUGGCACAUACCAGAACAAUUCAUUGGAAAGCUUUGCAGAAGUAUUGCUGAGGACAGAGAAACUGACAGAAAGAAGUGAAGGAAAAGACCUGCUUCCAACAACAGAAGUUCUGCUACAACUUGCGAGUGAUGCUUUACCAAACGAUAUGGCCUUGGCUCUCGCCUAUCUACUUGCACUGCCACAGGUGGUAGAUGCCAACAAAUGCUUUGAAAAGCAAUUACAUUCUGCGUUAUCUCUCCAGCUGGCAAGUUAUUACUACAGCCUGCAGAUCUAUGCUCGUUUGGCACCAUGUUUCAAGGACAAAUGCCAUCCUCUCUACAGGGCUGAUCCAAGGGAGCUGAUUCAGAUGGUGACAAAGCACGUGGCUGAGCGUGGUGACACAGAGUGGCCUGAAGACAUCCCAGCCUUGGUGGAGCAGCUGCGCUACUACAACGAGCGGCUGCUGGAUUUCACUCAGGCUCAGAUCCUGCAAGGACUUGGCAAAGGAGUGGAUGUGCAGAGGUUUACAGCAGAUGGGCAAUACAAGAGAGAAACAAUACUAGGACUGGCAGAAACACUGGAAGAACAUGUCUACAGGAUUGCUGUUUCUUUGGCCCAGCGAUACAAUGUUCCACUUUGGGAAGUUUAUAUGACCCAUCUGGAAUUUUUAUUCACAGACAGUGGGUUAUCAACACUGGAAGUAGAAGAAAGAGCACAAACCCUUGGUCUCUUUGAGACUUUGAAAACAAAUCCUGAAGCCUUACAUGAGCACAUGGUUAAAUAUGUUUACCCAACUAUUGAAGGCAGAGAUCACCAGAGGCUGCUUUAUUAUUUCACACUCCUUGAAGCCGCUGGCUGCUCAGAAGUGGUGAAACAUGUUGUCAAACCUGAAACUCAUAUCCGGCUCCUCAGAAAGUUCAAAGCAGUUGCACCAGGUCUUAAUUACAAAAAGCUGACAGAUGAAAAUGAAAACCCUCUGGAAAUACUGGAGCCCAUCCUUACAAGUCAAAAUAUCUUAUCUAUUUCCAAAUUGGCUCCCAAAAUUCCUAAAAAGGAUGGCAGCAUGCUGUCACCAAGCUCUCUUUAUGCUGUCUGGUUACAAAAACUCUUUUGGAAUGGUGAUCACCAGCUCAUUAAAAAAAUCCCAGAAACCAUGGAGGAGUGGCUACAGGCAUAUGAUACAUGUUCGAAGUACUUGGAUAGACUCUCUCCAGGGGAUAUUGUCACUUUUAUUGAUGAAAUUACCUUUUCUUCAAAAGCUGUCACAAAGCUGCCAGUUGAAGCCAGGAUAGAAUUGACUAAGAAGGCUAUUAAGGCAGUCAAACAUCUUUCUGAGAAAUCAAGAAAAAGAACUUCUGAGAAUGCCAUGGAAGAUGCUGAAAAUCCAUCUGUUGCUUAUGAAGAAACUCUGAAUCACUUGCAGCAGUCUCUUGCUCAUCUGGAAACUCUCACUCAUAGUUUUAUCACCUACUUGAAAAACAAUGACCAGGAUACACUACAGAAGUAUGGCUAUUUGUAUGAUUUGUCAAGGUCAGAGAAAGAAAAAAUCCAUGACCAAGCAGUAGCUAUGUGUCUGGAUGGUCAGCCCCUUGACAUGAUACAACAGUUGUUACAAGUGGCUGUUGGAGAUCUAGGACUUUCUCCCAAGGACAUUGUUCAAUGUGCUAUUAAAAAAAUUGUAGGUACAUUAAGUGGAAGCAGUGGCUCAUCUACAUCAGUGAAAGAUCCACUUCGAGUCCUAGAAGGCAUCGUUUCUGCAGUGCAUGCAAGUGUUGAGAAUGGGGAGAAAGUCGUGUCUUCAGAUGACCUUCUGGAGUGGCUGAGACCUUUCUGUGGUGAUGACUCCGUAGCAGUGAAGCCUCGCAUCAGAGUCUUGCAAAUUCUGGAGCAAGCCUUCCAUCUCAGUGAUGAGGACAGCAAGCUGCUGGUGUACUUCAGGACACAAGCUGUUCUCAGAGCUUGCUGGCCUGAAACUAAGGUUGAGAUAACAGAUGUUGAAAAUGAAGAGAAAAGAUGUGCUCUCUUCUUGGGGCUUCUGGAGUCCAGUCACAGCCUGUCUGAGUUUCAGCACUUGGUUUUACUACUUCAAGCUUGGCCACCAAUGGACAUAAGCAAUGGAUCGUGUGCAGCUGAUAAUCCCUGGGUGAAACUUGGGGCUGCUAUGCUGCAGAGGUGCCCACCUGAGGAAAAGGAGAUCACAGGAAAUGAAAUUCUGAAAUUCUGCCGCUCUCUGUAUGACACAAAGCACAGGCUCCCUGCCCAGUGUAUAAAGGAGUUAUGUUUACUGCUGCUUAACCAGUCCCUCCUGCUGCCGUCCCUGAAACUCCUGGUGGAGAGCAGAGAUGAAGAACUUCACGCUGUGGCACUGGAGCAGAUAACAGCUGUUGCCAAGGUUGAUGCUGACAGUUGUGACGCUGAGAUACUCUCCUUGCUUCUCGAUGCCCAGCUGGUGGUGCAGUGUGUGUCGACUGCCUUCUACCCUCCCCUCACUGACCACCUGCUGUCCCACCAGGGAGAGGGAGGCUGGGAUGUGGAGGAAGUAGCCAAGCAACUGAAAGAGGCAGGGUUCAAGGCAGAGGCUGGAUCCCUCUUGAUGUCCCAUCGCGGGACUCAUCCUGCACUCCGGACUUUUACUGCUGCUCUCCAGGCUGUUCAGCAUUGGAUCUGAAACCAGGGGAUUUCUGCAUUUCACUGCCUUUUUGCUGGAGAUCUCACACAAAAAGGGAGAAGUCGUUGUUCUAGUGAAGUAACAAAAGUAAUUGUCUGUGUUUUGUAGGAGGUACAAACAGCAAGUUCCAGUGAAUUCCCACAUUCUUCUAAUUGUUUAAAAACCCUGCAGUGGUAGGAUUCUGUUCUGGGAGGAGCACAGCAUUGCCUCCCAUCACCCUCUCCAGAUCAGAUCCAACUGUUAAUGAUGACACUCUGUGACACGUAACUGAGACAUUAGCAAGCUGGCAGGUUAUAUACAAUUUGUCUUAAUUUCUGUAUGUAAUUUACUCUUGUGAUGAUGUAAAACUGAUGUAAAAAUAUAAAGAUAUAUGGAGCUAAAAAAUGAAGAGUAAUUUCUGAGAAUUUCAAAACUGGCAUUUGGUAUUGUGCAAUGCUGCUACCACAGCUUUUGGUUGCUAUAAGUAAAAUAUUUUUAAUUUA